AGAUCUGGUACGUGCCGCCCCUCGAUUUGGCGCGCUCGAUCCGGCCUCGUGGUGCUGGUGAUAUGCCAGUCCCUAACUCAAAUCUGGGAGGUUCCACUGAAGCGAGAUUGUAGUCGCGAAUCGCGGGCGCCGAGAUGCAGGCGCGUGUGGCGUCCAUGGAGGACGUGAAGGAGGCGCGGCAGGCGGCCAUGGCGGCGGGGCAGGGGAGGGUGCUUCCCUCGGGGAUGCUCAAGGUGUUCCUGGGGUUCCUGCUGCUGGCCGUGGGGCUGUCCGCCGUCGGCAUGUACAUGGCGCGGCACGCGGUGGCGGCGGCCGCGCCCGCGCUAUUCCGCCCGUGCCUGAGCGGCUCCUCCGCGGAGGAGGAACCCGAGGGGCUGGAGCGGUGGACGCGGCCCCCAGCGCGCGUAGAGCACGCGAUGACGGAUCAGGAGCUGCUCUGGCGCGCGUCGUUCGCGCCGCGGGUGCGCGGAUACCCGUUCCGCCGCGUGCCCAAGGUGGCCUUCAUGUUUCUCACGCGAGGCCCGUUGCCGCUCGCGCCGCUCUGGGAGCGAUUCUUUCGUGGGCACGAGGGGCGCUACUCCAUCUACGUGCACGCGUUGCCAUCCUACCAUGCCAACUUCACCUCUGAAUCCGUCUUCUAUCGGCGCCAAAUUCCCAGUAAGGUUGCAGAAUGGGGUCAGAUGACCAUGUGUGAUGCUGAGAGACGCCUACUUGCCAACGCUUUGCUGGACAUAUCCAACGAGUGGUUUGUGCUUGUGUCUGAGUCGUGCAUUCCUAUAUUUGAUUUCAACACAACAUACAGGUACUUCCGGAACUCAAACCAAAGCUUUCUCAUGGCGUUUGAUGACCCUGGACCUUAUGGACGGGGAAGAUACAACUGGAAUAUGACCCCUGAGGUCGAACUCGACCAAUGGCGCAAAGGCUCACAGUGGUUCGAAGUACACAGAGAGCUUGCCAUUGAAAUUGUGAAGGACACGGUCUAUUAUCCAAAAUUCAAGGAGUUCUGCAGGCCCCAUUGCUAUGUUGAUGAGCACUAUUUCCCCACAAUGCUGACGAUUGAAGCUCCAAACCGCCUGGCUAACAGAAGUGUCACUUGGGUGGAUUGGUCAAGAGGUGGUGCACAUCCAGCCACGUUCGGCAGGGGCGAUAUCACGUUGGAGUUCCUGAGGAGAGUCCGCGAGGGACGGACAUGUCUACACAAUAACCAGAACUCAACGAUGUGCUUCUUGUUUGCGCGUAAGUUCGCUCCAAGUACAUUGGAGCCGUUGUUAGAGCUAGCGCCUACUGUGCUCGGUUUUGGUUGAUGGCUGUGUCAGUCUGAAGAGGUGCCGUCUGUAAUUUUGAUAUUAGAUCAUUGUAGGAUUACACGCUCGCUUGGAGACAUGGGCUCAGAUUGAUGGAUGGAAACGUAUAGUGUCCCCCCUCCGCUUGUUCAUUAUACAUAAAUCUGUUUUGUUUUUGUACAGUAAUGGCGUGUUUAGAGGCAUAUGUACUUACCUCAGUUCACAUG